CGGUGUUCGAACGGGCAUUGACCGACUGAAGCCGAUCUCCAUGUAGCGGCCGCCACGCAGAAUAAAUACAGAAUUCUCGAUUUCCCCUUCGGGUUGGGUGAGGGUCUGAGGGAUAUGAUCUCCGACUACAUCAAAAUUGCAGGAAAGUACUGUAGAAUCAAUCCCGCCAGGGAUACUUCCAUCGCCCAUUCCGGUGACAGUAUUCCUUCAGGCAACGUAUUGUCUAGAUAGACACAUGGAAACUGGUAGUUACUCGCCUCUCUUGUGGCAGCAGUAAGCGGAAUGGAAUAACAUGUGUAUCUGAUUCCGACGCUAGCUGCUGUGUAUCAGGCACCGACAGGGCGCUCCAUAAGAGUUAUUAUGCGAUGUCAAGAGUAGUUCCAGAUACUUACAGGGAAGCACCAGUUUACAGUGUGGGUGCACCAACAGUAGCGGCACAAUCUAAGGUAGGGGUGUAUGAGGAAGGUGGGGUUGGAUGUCGGAAUGGUAAGGCCUUCAGCAAUGGCGGGCUCUGGGUAUACGCAGAUGACUUAUGAUGGCGCGGGUAGGCAAGUGUACUACUAUACAACACUGCAACCAAGUGUAGUGUCCCAAUAUCGGACAAUGAUGGCCACGAGAAUCAAUCAAGGUUCAAGCAGCAACUGCUACUGCUGCUGCUGGGGUGUUGAGUCAAGAAGGUGAAUUGGUCGUGAAGCCUUCCCAAGGUUCUCUGUGAUAGCCUGAAUGUGGUCUUCAGAUCUCUCUUUUUUUUUUCAAUAAUUUUCGCAUGUUUAUUUGAGAAAUGAAAGUUACGAAACCCGUUUUAUCAGGUUGUCGUUCUUACCAUCUUUCCAAGCUUAUUGCAAAUCUUGUCUGCUUCAUCCAUUCAGAUGCGUCGUUUUCUCCAGACGCGAAACCCAAGUGGUGGAGGGAAAUAACCCAAAGUUCAAACCAUGGAGAUUUUGAUGCCAACUCAACUUGGUCGGAUGCCUAUGGUUUCAAUUUGAAAAUAGCGGAUUUAGGCCGUUGCCGAAAAGUGGAAGAAGCAAGAAUGGUGUUUGAUGGAAUGUCUCAACGAGACACUGUUUCCUAUACUUCCAUGAUUACCGUUUAUUUGAAAAAUGGAGAUCUGCAAAGAGCCGAAAGACUCUUCCGGGCAAUGCCCACCAGAAGCGUUGUAGCUGAAUCCGCAAUGAUCGAUGGUUAUGCGAAAGCUAAUCGGCUGGAAGAUGCCCAACGAAUUUUCGACGAGAUGCCGGAAAGAAACGUAUUCUCAUGGACCAGUUUGAUAUCUGGGUAUCUGAGAAUGGGACGUGUCGAAGAAGCUCGCCAGCUUUUUAAUCAAAUGCCUGUCAAGAACACUGUUUCGUGGACAACAAUGGUUAUGGGUUAUGCCCGGAACGGCUUAAUUGGUGAUGCCCGGGUUCUAUUUGAUCAAAUGCCGAUGAAAAAUGUAAUCGCAUGGACAGCUAUGAUUAAAUCAUAUGUUGAGAAUCAUCAUCUCGAUGAAGCAAGGAAACUGUUCAAUGAGAUGCCACAGCGGAACAUGUACUCUUGGAAUAUAAUGAUUUCAGGUUAUCUAGAUAACGGGAGAGUGAGUGAAGCAAUUGAGCUUUUCAAAUUAAUGCCUCAGAAGAACACAAUUUCCUGGACAAUCAUGGUGUCGGGUUUAGCAAGAAAUGGGUUGACGAAGGAUGCAAGGGAUCACUUUGAUCAGAUGCCAAUAAAAGACAUAGCCGCAUGGAAUGCGAUGAUAACAGCAUAUGCUGAUAAUGGCUCCAUGACUAAAGCAAGUGAGCUUUUCAAUCUGAUGCCAGAAAGAAACAUCGUGACUUGGAAUGCGAUAGUUGAUGGGUACGCUAAAAAUGGGCCUGAAGAAGAGGCCUUGAAGCACUUGGUUCUCAUGCUUCGGACUUGUUAUAGGCCGAAUGAAGCUACUAUUACAAGUGUCCUGACCGCCUGCUCAAGCAUGCUGGAACUCAUGCAAGCUCAUGCUCUUGUUAUAUCACUUGGCUUCGAGCAUGAAACUUCUCUGACAAAUGCCUUAGUUACUAUGUACUCAAGAUGUGGGGAUGUUGACUCUUCUCGAAUGGCUUUUGAGGAUCUUGGGUCUAAGGAUGUCGUGUCAUGGACAGCGAUGAUAUUAGCUUACUCAAACCAUGGGUAUGGAAACCACGCAUUGGAGGUCUUUGGACGUAUGCUGAGAUCUGGGGCCAAGCCAGAUGAGAUUACAUUCGUGGGUGUCUUAUCAGCUUGUAGUCAUGCAGGUUUUGUUGAGAAAGGGUUACGGCUCUUUGAUUCAAUCGGCCAUGUUUAUGGAUUGGAGCCAAAGGCUGAGCACUACUCUUGCCUUGUUGACCUCCUCGGUCGAGCAGGGUAUGUUGCUGAAGCUUUGAGGGUGGUGAAUCAAAUGCCACCUAGCAAACGCGAUGAGGCUGUUUUGGGCGCAUUGCUUGGCGCAGGCAAGCUGCAUGGGGACGUUGAAGUAGUGAGACAAAUAGGUGAAAAGCUAAUAGAGCUUGAACCAACUAGCUCAGGGGGUUAUGUGCUUUUGGCUAACACAUAUGCAGCACUUGGGAAGUGGGACGAUUUUGCACUUGUGAGGAAGAAGAUGAAGGAAAGGAAUGUGAAGAAAGUACCUGGGUUUAGUCAAAUUGAAGUGAGGAACAAAAGUCGUGUAUUCUUCGUGGGGGAUAGAUCACAUCCGCAAGUUAAGGAAAUCUAUGCUAUGCUACUGGAAACUCUUCUGCCACAGAUGAAAGAGAUGGGUUACUUGAAAGAUAAUCCAUCCGGACUUGUAUAGUUUACAAGAGAAAGAAAUACAGUUGAUACCUUAAGGCUGUCUUUGGUUUGAUGGAGAAUAAGUGAGAAAAGAAAAUUGAGGGAAAGUUACAUUAGUCAUCAUGAAUCCUGAUUUGCCAACCUAAAAACUUUGAACUUUAGAUCAAAAGUUACAUUAGUCAUCAAACA